CGACAACUGGCGACCUUUUUGGACGUUUGAAGGUGCGUGAAGAGACUCAUUGACAUAAAUGGUGGCACUGCAUGCCAUAUAAGGACACUUAUCGCAUGCAUCUUCACGUGCACGCAUAGCUGAUUCAAGCCGACGUCUCUGAAGUGUCAUGAGCAUGACGGACAUGACGCUGUUGAUUCACACGGCGUUGGGACCGAUAAGCCAAGGCGAGUACGUCGAGGUGCAAGCGCAGGAGGGCGAGGACCAGUCGCCAUGGCUGGCGCAGGUCGUCGGCUACCGCGCCGAGGACGGCAUGAUCGAGCUCCAGUGGCUGUACAGCGCUGCCGAUUGGAAGGGAUGCAACCCCGAAGACCCCGCAGCCAAAUACCUCGGCGAGCGGGAGUACAUUCGUGUGACUGGAGAGAACAGCCGCGACUGGAACCAGCCGGGAUGCCUCAAGCGCAAAGUGACCGUCCUGCCCUACCACGAGUACCGCACCCUCACGCAGCCGCCCACCACCACAUGGUUCUAUCGCGUCGAGUGCGACCCCGAGGCAUCCAAGUACCUGCUCGACCUGCCACUGGAGGUCUAUGACCGGGCGGAGAGGGAUGGGGAGGGCGAUGAGAACGGCUUGGUGCUGGUGCCAAGACACCCUGACGAGAUCCUCUGCCACUGCUCGGAGUCCGACCGCACCUUUCAUCCGCGAUGCGUCAAGGCGGGUGUCCGGCAGGCACGCCUCAAGCCCGCCCCCUGCACGCCCGACGAGGAGGUCACGUGCCCCUUCUGCAAGAAGUCCGACCACCAGCCCGACAACGCGAGCGACGCGGCACAGAGUGGUGCGGCGGAUGACCAGCCACUGCCGCCGUCCAAGAAGCUGCGGCUCGAUCUGCGUGAGGCCCAGAGCAUGUCGGGGAGCGAUGGGGGGCUCGACUCGUCGCGCCACGGGCACAGUGUGCGGUCGAGCGGGCUGACGCCGCACGAUGGGCUGCGUGACAAGACGGUGGCCAAGCUGGCCAAGGCGCUGGAGGACGGGCAGAGGGAGAUGGAGGGGGCGGGGGAGGCCGCAAUGGCUGAAAUCCGUGAUGUGACGGUAAGCGGGCCGACGAGCCACACGCAUUCACACUCAUGUAUGUAUGCAUUGGCCCUUCAUAUGUAUGUUGGUUCCUGUGUCUGUCUGUCUGUCUGUCUGUCUGUCUGUGUGUGUCAGGAUUUUGCUCGGUGUGUUGAGGAGGCCAUGUUCGGUCACUAUCAGGGCAUCACCAAAGAGUACAAGGAGCGCGCCAAGAGCGUCUGCUACAAUCUGAGUCAGCCCGCCAGCCAGCCAGCAACGCAACACCACACACACACACCCCUUCACAGCCACUCAUGUGCUUCUCUCUCGUGUCCGUUGUGUGUUGGGUUGAUUGAUAUGAUCAGCCGGUAGCAAGUUUGCGUCGACCCGCCGCAGAGUGCUGACGGGCAACCUCAGCAUCGUAGACCUGGCAUGGAAGGCCGACUCCCGGGUCAGCACGCACCUUACACAAACUGCACACGCACUUGUGUGUACACGUGUGCUGUCCGCGUGUGGUCGGUGUUUGUGUGUGCAGAAGCUGGCUCCCGACGAGUUGCAGCACCAGCGCGAGGAGGCCGAUCGCAAGCAGCUGCGUGACAUGAUCAUUGAGGAGCCGGUGGCCAAGUACCGUCUCACCCACAAGGGCCUGGAGGUCAUCCAGCAGGACAACAACCCGGCCCUCGCCGUCCCAGGGGCCGCCAACAACACCAACAGCGGCGACGCCAAACAGUCCCCCGCACCCUCCCCGCCCCACCAUGAGGACGAGCACGCGGCCGGCAUGAUGGAUAUGGACCUGGAGGUGAGUCCCCGCAUGGCCAACGGGGGUGGCGAGAGUGACAGCCUCUUCGGCAGCAUGAUGGACAGUGAGCUGGGCGAAUCGCCAAAAGAGUCGCCCAGGGAGAAGAAGGUCAAGAAACCCGUGGCCAAGAACAAGAAGACACCGGCGGACCAGGGCAAGGGGGCAAAGAAGGAGAACAAUGGCAAGGCCGGCACAGCCAAGCCGGCGGCCAACGGUGCCAAGCAACAGCAGCAUCAGCCGCCCUCACAUCAGCGGUCAUCCCCCACACAGGCCAAGUCAUCCACCGUGCUCCCUUCGCCCAAGGCGGCCAAACAGCCCCCAGCCCUGGGCCAGUCGCCCCUGUCGUCUGGUGCUGCAGCUGCCGCCCCUGCACUGCUCCACCCCGACUCUCCCGCAUACUCGGACCAAUCGCGUGGCGACCGGUCACUCGCACAAACCCCACGUCCCGCUGAUAUGCCUCCUGCCAACCCCGCCCCGCCACCCGACCGCCGCAUUGACCGACAGGUCAGCAGCGGCAGCAUGGGUGGGGGCCGGGAUGGUGCUGGGGGUAACGCCGAGAGUCGGAUGGACUGGUCGCUGGUGGCGCAGAGGGGCGGGGAGGGUGUGGGUCCCGAGCUGAGGAGCCUGGCCAAGUACGGCGGCAAGGACAUGGUGGACCGGCUCAAGACGGUCUACAAACCUCUGCCUUCCACCACUAAGCAGACGUGAGCGACUACCAUGGGAUCAACACACACGCACGAGAAGGAGACAGUCAGGUGCAUUUCUCUCUCUGUAUGUGUGUAUGUGUUGGUCCAUGCAGAUUGUGUGGGAGCGUUGAUGAGUACAUCUCGCAACGCCGCGCUCAGCCUUUCGACACCCCAGGAUGAGGGAGGGAGGGAGGGAGCAGGUCAAGGGGGGGAUGGGACGCUGCGGAUGUGAUGCGUGUGAUCUGAUCCCGUGUGUGUGAGUGUGGGUGUGUGGGUUUUGGAUGAAGUGUGUGUGUGAGUGAACGAACGUUUUAAAGGAAUGGCUGGAUGGAAAGGCCUGCCUGCCUACCUUUUUUCUUUCUAUCCACUGAUCGAUAUGCCGCUGCCUGCCUGCCUGUCUGUGUGUGUGUGUGUGUGUGUGAGACGGCCUGAUUUUGGUUGAGAGAGCCUGGCGCCGCAGCUGAGGCCGUGUACAAAGUGAGGGUGUGGACGGAUGGAUGGAUGGAUGGGCGGAGUGUGUCUGUGUGUGCACUGCAGGCGUGCAUGCACACAUGACAUGCAGACACGCGUCACGUCCGUCCAGCUGAGGUAGAUUACAGGAGGGGAGGCUGACAGACAGGAGGGCAGACAGGCAGACACUCCUCUCUACUCUUCUGGUGCUCAUGUCGCUGGCUGGCUGGCUGGCUGGCUGAUUGCGUGUGUGUAAGUGCGGUUACG